AUGGCUACUCAUUGUGUAGGCUUGAUCGGAGCUACAGGGGAGACAGGCGGCUCGAUAUUGCAGGGAUUGAUCCAAGAUGGCAGCUUUGAGAUCAUCGCACUCGCACGUCCGGAGUCGCUGUCGAAGCCAGCCAAUGUAGCUCUCAAAGACAAGGGUAUACAAGUUCGUGCUCUGGACCUGGAGGGCUCUGAACAGGCUAUCGUUGCGGCUUUGAAGGACAUCGACAUCCUCAUCUCUGCAAUUGCCGGGUCGCAGCAACUGGUCCAGAUCCCGCUCGCAAAAGCCGCCAAAGUCGCCGGCAUCAAACGCUUUGUGCCGUGUGCAUUUGCGACGCCAAUGCCUGUUGGAGUCCACCAGUCGAGAGAUCAGAAAGAAGAGAUCUUCAAUCUGACCAAGCGACUCCACCUGCCGUACACCAUCAUCGACGUGGGUUGGUGGCAUCAAUUCUCCUUCCCGAGGCUUCCAUCUGGAAAGAUCGACUAUGUUGUUGGAUUUCCGAACGAGACGGUCCCAGGCGACGGCAACAUUCCGACGGCCCUGACGGAUCUUAGAGAUGUUGGGAAGUACGUCGCUCGUGUCAUCAAAGACGACAGAACGCUCAACAAGACCGUCUUCGUCUAUAACGAGCUCUGGACACAGAACAGGAUCCACGACUUGCUGGAGAAGCUGUCGGGCGAGAAGAUCCCUCGCAAGUAUACGCCAGCGGAAAAAUACGAGCAGAAGGUCGAUGAUGUCAUUGCCGAACUUGAGGCAAACCCGAAGGAUCCUGUGUUGAGGGUGAAGAAGGUGUAUAACCAGUAUUGUCUGUCUGUCGGUAUCCGCGGAGAAAAUACUCCAGAGUAUGCGCAGUACCUGGGCUAUCUCGAUGGGAAGCAGCUUUACCCAGAUGUGAAGUUCACGCCGUAUGAAGACUAUCUGCAGGAGGUCGUCGACGGCAGGGCUGUGGGGAUCUACGAUGAGAUGAGGCCCUUGCUUUUCGAGGCUCUUGCAGAAGGCGAUUAG